AUUUUUGUUGUUGGCAACAGAUGUUUCAUUUCCAAUAUGGCUGCUUCUGUGUAUUAAUGCAGUUAUUAUGAUUUUUUACGUACCAAAGAAUAAUUAUCAUUUUUUUAGACCGAUUACAAUUAAAAAAUGUACAUUACAAUAUCUUUGCUAUCAAUUAAGAUGUUUUAUUGAACAUCUAUUUUAGGAAAAAAUGAACAAAAUGUUUUUGAGACAGUGGUACGAUAUUAAGAAUUGAAUAACCUUUCAGCAAGAUAUAUAAUCUUAUUUGAUACUACUUCCGUGACGUAAAAAGACUAACCAGUACUGUGAUUAUGAGUAAAUUAAGGAUAGGAUCAGAUUAUAUUCCUCUAACCGAAGAAGACAUGUUGAAAGUACGAGCAAUUAUUUCUUUUCCGAGAUUAGCUUGGGUCACUGUAUCCUUGCCACUGUUUGCUUUUAUUUUCUGUGUUAUUUGGUCUGUUCUUUAUAAUUUUGAACAUGCCACUGCCACACAUUGCAAGGUUUAUAAUUUCCUUCCAUCCGUCUCUGCAACUAUUGGUCAUUACAGACCUCAAAAAGAUGUUUGGAAAAUGGCAAUCGCUAUGCAAGCUGUAACUAGAACAUUAGUUUUAAUCAUGUACUUCCGUUAUUAUAAAGAACAUGUAUAUAAGUGGGCACGGUAUAUCAGUAAUAUUGCUUUAGUCACAUAUAUCAUUGAAAAUGUAUCUCUAGUGACUUUAAGCUUCUGGACUUCGGACUCGAACUAUGCAUUUCAUAAAUUAUCUUUUAUAACAUUCUUGUUGAUGUCUUCUAUUCACAUGCCAUUAUCAUACUUCGUUAUGAAGAAUUGUUGUAAUGUAACAAGAGAUUUUUAUGAGACUGCAUCUAUAAGAUGGAAAUGGAGAGCGAUGAUGUCAAAUGUAUUCUCCAUAUUAUUAGCAUGUUAUUUUUUUUAUAGGCAUAAUAAAUAUUGCGAACCAUUUGUAUAUUCCAUGUUCGCUAUGAGUGAAUACGGUGUUAUUCUUUCAAAUAUGAUGUUUCAUUCGACAGCUGCAUGGGAUUUUCCAACGUCUCGAGUUUUGGUAUCAGGGAAUGGUAUUAGACUGAUUUAAAUUAUCAUAGAUCAUUUUACAAUAUACAUAUAUAAUUACUAUCUAGAUAUUUGAAAUAUUUUCUUUAAUA